UCUACAUUAAUGAAAGACACAUUUUGUCGUCUGGUCCAUCUAACCUUUGAUGUCAAUCCUUAGAUGUGUUAAAUGGUAUUAUUUAGAGCAAUUAUGAUUUAAUUCAAUACAGGAUAAACAUUCAGGGGACGUUGGUUUUUUAUUGGUUUUUGAGAGUAUAUUCUCUGUGCUUCCUACAAUUUUUAUAUAAACUACGAUUGUGUCGACAGCCGGUGCGGUAUAAUGCGAGUGCCGACCAGUAUUGUAUUUUUUAAUCUUUUUAUUAUUCUAUCAGUUUGUAUGAACAGCAUUCACUGUGAAAAGGAAAACUUGGAUAAGGAGGAGCUUAAGUCUCAAAAAUUACCACCCUGUGCAGCAUGUAAAAUGCUUAUCAAUAGUUUUAAAGAGGGUUUAGAAAAGACAAGCCGUGGAAAGUUCGAAGGUGGAGAUAGCGCUUGGGAAGAAGAUAAACUAGGUUCAUAUGCAAGAAGUGAAAUAAGAUUAAUUGAAAUACAGGAAAACUUAUGUAAAAAGAUUGAACGUGGCGAAACGCAGUGUCAUUCUUUAGCUGAAGAAUUGGAGAGUCUGAUAGAAGAAUGGUGGUUUAAGCAUCAAGACACUCAUCCAGAUAUAUAUGAUUAUAUUUGUAUCGAAAAGACAGAACGUUGUUGUCCAAAGGAUCAUUAUGGUUCAACUUGUACACCCUGUCCAGGAUAUCCAGAUAAAAUCUGUAAUAAUAAUGGCAAAUGUAAAGGAGCUGGUACAAGAAAAGGAAGCGGCGGUUGUUUAUGUGACAAAGGAUACAUUGGAGACACAUGCUCAGAAUGUGCUUCAGGAUAUUAUGAAUCUUAUAAGGAUGAAAAGACUUUGCUAUGUUCUGCAUGCCAUGCAGCAUGUGAUGGACCUUGCAAAGGUGCUGGACCGAAGGAUUGUGAGAAAUGUGCAAGUGGAUGGUACAUGAUUGAAGGCAAAGGCUGCUUUGACAUUGAUGAGUGUUUAAAAAUUGAAGAAACUUGCUCUAACAAUCAAUUCUGUGUUAAUAAAGAAGGAGGCUAUACUUGUUUAACUUGUGACAAAGCCUGCGAUGGUUGUACUGGCGACGGUCCAGAUAUGUGCAUCAAAUGUACUGAAGAUUACUAUAAAAAAGAUAACAUGUGCAUAAAUUUAGAUCUUCUUGGCCGCAAAAGACAGGAAAAAUGGGCACGAUAUCUCACAUAUUUUGGACUCUGUGUAGCAACAUGUAUUAUUUCACAACGCAAUGUUUAUGCGGCAAGCAUUAUUGGCUUGCUAGUUUCAAUAUAUAUGACUGUCUCGGAGUACAUGAUUGCUCAUAGCAAUGCCCAGCAUGCAAUGGAUAUUCUAGGACUUAAAUAGGACAGCUUAAAUAGGAACACAUUUUAAAUAAAUUUUUUGUGAAAUUGUUACAGUAUUGUGUUGUGUCACACACACGUAUAAGGAAUCAUCCAUAUGUAAAAUAAAUCAUAUUAGAAUUAAUUUAUAAUUAUUAAUAUAUACAACUAAGAUAA